AUUUUAUUAAAGAUAUGAUAAAUAAGAAAAACAUGUUAAUGUAUUUAUAUAAAUCAGGAAAAAUUGUCACCAAAAUUUUAAAUUGGAUAAGACGAAGAAUAAUAGUAGUUUAUAUAAUUUCAAAUUUGUAAUAGUAUUUUAAAAAAUUACUUUUAUCUAGUUGUUAGUGUGCCCAUUUAAAAGGGUAUCACAACACGGUUUGAGUUCCGGAAUGAACAUAUUUUUUUAAAAAAAAUAGAUAGAUAUAUAUAUAUAUAUAUAUAUAUAUAUAUAUAUACGAUGUCUUCUUAUCUUGUUAACGGUUGACUAAAUUCUGUUAGAGUCAAUGUAGAUUUAUGCAUCUUUUAAGAAGUUCAGGUAGUUUUCCUUAAAUUAUAUUUAAGUUGGGGCCGGUUUUGGCACUGUCCAUUUGUUCGGGUCCUAUUUGGCACGACCGAGAGUAUUGGGGUCGAAAUUGGCACUUUUCUCGUAUAUCAAAACGACGUCGUUUUAUCUCGUUAACGAUUGACUAACUUCAGUUAGAGUCAAUGUAGAUUUAAGCACGUUUUAAGAAGUUCGGGUAGUUUUUUCUAAUUAUAAUUGAGUUGAGGUCGUAUUUGGCACUGAUCAAUUGUUCGGGUCGUAUUUGGCACGACUGAAAUAGUUGGGGUCGAAAUUGGCACUUUUCCCGUGAAAAAGGAUUGAACAUACUAGUAAAAGUAAGGGGAAAGAAGUAGGGUGCAUCAAAUGUCUUCCGAACUAUUUAUUUGUUCUAUAUAUCUCUGAAAUAAAAAUUUCAGACCUGGUUCUUCAUAAGAAAAAAUUAAAUACUUAUAUUUCUCUGAAAUCAAAAUUCGAAACCUAUAUGCCCAAAAAAUUGGAUUACUUUGGUUAUUGUUCAUAGUAAAACCGAGACUAAAUAAAUCUGAUUGUAAACCAAUAGAAGACAAGUUAGCCUAUAAACCAAAAUUAAAUUUCGACACCACAUUAAAUCUCAUCAACCAAAAUCAUGCGUAUGGUUCUCCUCUGCACAUGUCUCUCAGUAAAUUAUAUUUUAUAAACAAGCAAGCAACAUGGGGUUACCAAUCUCACUUUAUCAUGUAUCCUAAAAUCAUAGUCCACACGGACUCAUGAGUUUAAGCUCACGAUCAGAUGUAACAUCUAUAACAAUUUGAUGCAGCACACUUGAUGUAAAUCAGUUGGUAUAAUGGUAUUUGAUGCAACAUUCAUCGGUUAUAUACAAUAUCUAGUUUCAAAACACAUCAACAAAAUUGAACCUUGACUUAAGUUCUCCCAAACAGAUGUACCAGAUAUACUCUAGCUAUAAAGAUAUGUAUGUAUGACGUCAUACAAUACAAUGUUGAUGUAAGUUUGUUUGACUGAAAUAUCAUGAAUGACAUUUUACAGUUCUCACAAAAUUUAUUGACAUAAUAUGUGAAUUUCAUAUUAAGUAAAUGUUUUUUCUUCACAUUAACUAAAUUUGGAUCAUGAAGGAGAAAUACAUAUCAAGGAGAUAAAGUAAAUUAUUAUAAAUUAUAAUUGGUAAAAGCAGUUCAAAACUACAAAUUAUAUAUUAAAACAAUAAAAACUACACCAAAAUAUCAAAACAAAGAUCUCAAAUGUUAUAGAAUCGACCGAAAUGCCUGUAGAAUUUUCGAUAAGAUACUUGUACUCAAGUUUUUUUUUUAGAGAACCGGUAGGUUACGUUAAUAUUAAACUUUUGGUUGAACUUAUCACCGCGAAACUUUCUACUAGUGAGUGUAGGAUCUUUAAAAUGGUAAUUGGUCAUGAAAUUAGUUGAUCGUACAACUCAAUAAAUAAUUGUUCUUGGUUAAGAGUCUAUUUAAAAUUGUCUCUCUCAAUAGAUUUACAAAAUUUCAAUCAUUUACCUAUAUAUUAACUAUUUUAAAACAUAAAAAAAUUAUUAACUACUUAUCCGUGCAAAUAUUUAUGUAGGAAGAUUUAUAUAUUCUUCCUUAGAAAAUGUUGUGUUUUAUCAGCGAUUAGACAUCAUGCUUAUAAUUUUAAAAUGACAAAAUAGUAUUAAUGUGAGCUAUAUAGUUUGAGCUAAUCAUCGUACAUUAUUUAUAAAAUUAGAUAAAUAUGUUUUAAGGUAAGUGUUUGUAACAAAACUAUUUAUUGGCCAAAAAAAAAACAGAUCAACACCACCAAAUGUUAACGGAUGAUAUCUACAUGCAAAUCUUCCAUUUUUUCCAUAAAAAGACAAAAAUAUUGAACUGCUUGAACAGCUUUUAAAAACAAAAGAACAAAACAUUUUUCCAGCCACUGUUCAGCCACUUUAUGGCCAUUAUAUACGCUUGUCUGAAAGAGAUAGUCAUUAAAUCAUUAUAAAAAGUUUUGUACAUACAAGCAUAAUUUUGUGCCUAAAUACUACAAAAUUACAUUUAAUUUUGAUGUUAAUAUAUAAUAAUGAUAAAGGAAUUUUGUAUAUUUAGAUAUCAAAUUCUAGAUGUAUGCAUAUAUUAUAUAUAUGGCAUAUAUCUUAGUUUUUUGACUUUUUCAUAAGGUAUAUACAUAACGAGAAACAUAUAUCAACUUAACAUAUAUGCAUCUGAAGUUUGAUGCCAUAUAUUAUAUCAUCAUAUAUGAUAUAUAUUCCUUAGAAUAUCAGCUUGAUAAAAUAUAUAUAUAUAUAACUAUGUGAUACACAUCAUAAACACACACACACACACAGAUAUAUAUAUUGAAAACUCCAAUCAUCAUAUAAAAUGACUAAGUCUGUUUUUUGUGCUGUCUUUAUCAUCUUUAUUCUAGGAUUUAUGGCGAAUGAGAUUCAAGGACAGCUAGGAAAGCUGUGUAAAGAGCCUUUACCACAAACAGAUUGUGGUGCCGGCUCAUGUGGUGCUCUGUGCCGUCAAUUAAAGCAUGGAACUGGCCACUGCCUUCGGGGAUCCGAAGGAAAAUAUGUGUGCUUCUGUUAUUUUAAAUGCCCUUCUUGAAUUUUUGUUUCACUCUCUAAAAUGGUAUCUCACUUUAAUGAUAAAAUGAAAAAAAAAGCACGCUUCUGUUUU